AUGGCCGCUUGCUGGCGAAAGUUGUUUAAGAUUUCGCCACAAAUACUGCGCGUUUCUUGCACGUUCUCUUCGAUAUUUCAACCCAAAAACAUUCUAGUUGAAAACUAUAGAUCUUUUUCUUCUACGGUGAGUAAAAACACGCGUUUUUAUCCACAAGUUUCUUCAUAAAUCUAAACUAAAAUUGGUCCAGUAGUGGUAGACUGUUGUGCUAUAUUCAUAUUGUACAGUUGUAUUCUAGUUUGUCAAUGCAUUGUUUGUGUAAUUUAGGUCAGGAAUACGGCAAACAACAGUCUUUGCAGGAUUCAAAGUCGACUCCCUUAUCGUAAUUAUGGUAUGCUUGCAUUUUUUUGAUGUCUUAUUAUAAACUAUUAAUUUUCCCUUCAAUUCUCAAAGCAGAUUUCCACAUAUCACCACAACACCCUCAUUUUGUAUUUUCUCUUUUUCCAGAUAAUAUAUCAUUCACCAGCAAACAUCAAGCCAUUAAGCAACUCAGUUAUCAUACUAUAUCCCCAAAGUAUGCUGUGAAACCUACUCUACUCCUUCAAACUCCAGCCAAGACAAGCGUUCGAACAUUGCCAACUUUGAAUCAAAUCCAGCGCGGAAAACGAAAGACGAAAAAACGCAAACAGAAAUCAAUGGUAGCUAAAGUUAGCCAUAUUCUAAAAGGGCCACAACGCAAAGGCGUGUGUGUGAAAGUCUUCAUCCGUAAACCAAAAAAACCAAACUCUGCUAAUAGAAAAUGUGCAUUACUAAGACUUAACAAUGGUCAGACUAUCAUAGCUUAUAUCCCCGGGGAGAAGGCAAGCCUACAGGAACACGGUGUAGUCUUGUUUGAAGGAGGGAGGGUACAAGAUUGUCCCGGGGUUAGGUAUAAAAUAAUCCGUGGAAAAUAUGAUGUAAAUUAAAGGAAACUUUUUGAUGUAUCCAGUGUGAUUUAUUUGUCUCUAAUGGCCCAGUUUUAAUAUCGACAUUGUUUUAUAUUAAACUGUCUAAAGGUAAAACUCAUUUUCCACUGUGCGAAUUUGUUCGCGCAAAGCGACUUUCCUUUGCAUCGCUUGCGCUGAGAAGCAAGCAUUUCAUUUUGAAUUCACGCGCGUCAGAGCAGGUGGCCUUCUCGUAUAAGCAAAUACUUGAUUGUAUAGCAGGUCGCUGAGCUACGGACGAGAUACAGACAAUAAUACUACUAGGACGUUAAAAUAUGAACCUCGAAGAAACAACUCGAUGUCACAUGAAGAUGCCGAGAAAAAGAUUUUUACGGAUUUAUGUCAUCAUCAUCAUGACCAUUACUGGUAACUAUGAAUGUUUAAUUAAAUACAUAUUCUUGAAACUAUUGCUGUGAUCUAAUAUCGCAAAUAUGACAUGUAGGUUAUUCCGCGCUAAUACAGUAUUUGCAGUGAAGACUCCAUUUUCAGUAUACAAAUUAACAGAACGAGAAUGAACUCGGUGCAGAUACUGAUCUUAUUGGAUUGGCGCAGAAGACUGCCAACAUCAGUGAUCAGUAUUGACAAGCAAAUUCUAUCAGUUCUAAUAUACAAGAUUACUACAUAAAAUAUAUACAUGAAAAUAAUUCACACCGCAAUUUUCCCUACUCCAAUAAGUGCAGCUUGAACUAGUGUUUGUUACACGACAGUGAAACUAUGGCUAGGUUUCUUCUAUACUGGAUAAUUUUCCGUAGCGGCGCGAAAAAGCACCUAUAUCCGAUACGGAAUGUACAACUUUCUGACUUUCACUCUCCGUUGCAACAAUUCCUCUGAAAAUAGCGUUUCUAUAAAAGGUAGGGAUAGGUGUUUUUCCACGUCGCUACGGAAAGUUAUCUACUCAGUGUAACAAGUGGCCUUAUACCUUUACGAUCGUAUUAGUAUUUGACUGUUCCUAGCAAGAGUUAUGUUUACAUUAACAGUCAUUGUAAACGGAGAUUGUUUUGAAAACAAAGGACAGGUAUCGAAACACACGAGUGAUUUUAUGCAAUAAGUUUAACGAAGCAGAACUACCAGUCACUUCUUAACGCAUGAGAUCUCGCAUCUUGCUUUGUUUACAAUGCCCUGCACUUUUUAAUAACUACAGGAAAGAAAACACUUCCUUUUGUAAACGUUGGGGAAGUUUAUGCGAAUAAAACAUAACACACACAAAAUAAAAACAUAUCAUAUUAACAAUUUUUUUCAGUGCUAGUUGUCACAAAAGCGAACUUUUCGAUAAAACUCGCUUUCAAGACCUUUCAAUCCCCAUUGGCUCACGGCGCUCAAGAAACCGGAAGAUGGAGGGCUCCAGUUCCACGAUACUAGAUUCUCUAGUCACAACAUGGAAUUUAACCGUUUCAGGAAACACGUCACGAGACAAAAAUUCCCUAGGGGAAAAGGUAUUUUUGAGAGGAGAUUACUCCUAAGUGGCAUUAUUGCCCAUGUGGUGCCAAGUGAAUCCGUUAUCGUGGAACCGGAGACAACCAAUGUUGUUUUGUUCUUUACAGUGUCAAGGUUAAUUUACCUCUUCAUUAGAUGUUCAGGAGAAUUCUGUAAUAUAUAUUCUCUAUUCGAAAAUGCCACAAUGAAAUCUUCUUUUCCAAUUUUUCCUUAGGAUUUUUUACAGCCCUGCUGAUGAAAUGGCAGAUGUUUAAAACAGUCAGAAUCAAUACUCUUGCCGAAAACCCAAUGUCGUUGAUUGUCAAUGAAAAAUACGAUAUAGGUCAGUUAAAGUAGAGCGCAUGAGAGUGCGCGACCCAACACUUCAUGUAUUUUAUUUAAGUCAAAACAUAGUAGGAACACUCGUCAAACCUCUAUUUUGUUAAUCUAGAGCUUCAAAUGUCCCCUGAAGGAAAAAAAACAAAGGAUUAUAAAUUAUCACGCAGGGGCCGCGGAAGCAUUUCAAAAGUCAAGGGGUAUUGGCCAAAAGGGGAACUUUUGUAUAUGACCAAAAUCAAACGAUUUUGUCAGAAAAAAGGGCACUUUUUUCACUUUUGAAAAAAGAAAAAGUGGGAGGGCACAUGCUCCCAUUGCCCCCCCCCCCUCCGGUUCCGUGGCCCCUGUUUCACGAGUGUGUUUUGGUUCACGAAAGCGUGGUCAAUAUCAUAUAGAUAGAGCAAAUAGCAUAUAGUUUUUUACUCCAAAAAGUUCCACUACAGCCUGUUUGAUCCGAAAGGAAUCACCAGGAGCCUCCGUAACAAAUAGCAAUGCAUGACUACUGCCAACUCACAAUACGUGAUCGCUGGAAGGCUCAUGAAACAUUAUACCUUGUACACGUCACUAAGUAAAAUAUUUUGAACACAUUUCAGGGCGUAUCCUGACACAAAAAACAACAUGUUUCCUUUGCGAGAAUGAGGAUUAUGGCAAAAAAUGGAGACGGUUAAUGAAAGAUGAAUCAUGUCAAAAUGCGAUGUUCCAACGUUGUUUUAGAAAUUUCACAAAAUAUCGCCGCAGUUCAACAAGAGUUGCGUCUAUCGUACGAAGAUGCCGAUUGGACGAUUGUGAAUGUAACAAUAUGGAAUCACGUGACUGGUGCAUGA